AUGGCAUGCAGUCGCUGUGCUAGAUGCUCGAGAUCGCUGGAGGGAGCCUCUGGUGCAGGAGCUUGUGUUCCACCCCUUCACCCCUUGGAGCGCAAGAACAAUUCCCGUGCCGGUGGGCUUCGAGGCUUUGGCGCGGCAGCUGCAGCAGGUCGGUUCUUCCAAAAGAGGCCAGCACGAUUAACGAGAGUCUUGAGCCACUGGCAGCAGCAGACGGCCGCCGAGCAGGUGCGACGCCAGUCCAAGAAGGAGGAGCUGAACCACCUUGGGAGAGGUCGUGGAUACAUAGGGACUGCAGCGGCGCUGCGAUGUUGGCUUUGCGAUGCCUUGGAGCCCGCUCAAGCGGUCACUGUCCAGCUGCGGGCCCCCGCUCUCUGCAGCCGUGGCAGCCUCCCUGGUGCUCUUCGCCUGGCAAGCAGUGGGCGCCAGGUCUUGCUUCUGGAUGCUCAUGUGCUGCCACUUGGGGUCCAGAUGGUUUCCAUUCCCGCUGGUGGCAGCCACUGCAGUUUCCGCGAACCUGAUACGCUAUCAGGUGAAGCGGCGUCUGGCCCGGCUGAAUAUGAUGCACAUCAGAUCCCAGCUGGAGUCGGGCGCGCUGAUCCUUCUUCUCCUGCUCUUCGGAGCCUCCUGUGCAGGAUGCUCGAAGUUCCGCGUCUUCAAGCGGGAGGACGUUCGUCGAAGCUCUUGUCAGACCUAGAGGUAACUCCGGGCUCCUACCUGUGGAGAUCCUUGGGGAGCGCAGAGAGUGCCGCGGCCUGGUGGAAGCAAGCCAAGGCCCGGCCGGGGGCCGGCCUGGAAGAGGCCGCCGCGCGGGUCGAAUUGCGGUGCGGGGGAACGCCUUGCGACGCCCAAGAAGGAGGAGCCGAGCCACCCUGGGAGAGGUCGUAG